AUGCUUACACCGACGCAUAUCAACCCCAGGUUUUUUUCCUACCCCAUCGGUAAUACGCCAGCUGCCAACUUGCUGCGUGAUGUCCGUCCGGGCAAAGAGCCUGUCGAGAUACUCGCGAUUGGCUGCGGCGAUGUUCGAAACAUUCUAUUCACCCUCUGGUCCCAAAGAAACAUCGGAUGUAAACUCAAUUUCACCGCGUGCGACUUAGACCCUGCUGUUCUAGCCCGCAAUGUGUUCCUUCUCACAGCCAUCCCUCGCAGUCCCUCUCCCGACGAGAUUGAACGUCUGUGGAGAAUCUACUACCACUUCUACGUUACCAGUACCGACCUCCUCUUCGUCCAGCAGCAUUGUCAGAAGCUUCUUGCAGCGUCUGAGAGUUUGAUCACAUGGAAUGACUCGUCUUUUGGAUCAUCGCUUAGGUUUUCUACAGAGGCUGGUUUAUCUGAAGUGCGUCGCAUCUGGUCCUUGUACGCUCAGACAAGAACCAAGCAAGAGGACGAUAGAAUCAGAAAUACUAUCAAGUCCAUGUACGAUAGGUAUGUCACCGCAGAGGACAUCAUGUUGAAUGGUUCACGCUCCGCUGGAGCUCAUGGAGAUCUUGCAAUUCCUUUGGUCACCGACGCUUACCAUGAGUAUUGGAAAACCGGCGUCGUAGCAGGCAAUGAUCAAGACCUCUCUGCACUUGUUCAAGAGAACGGCGGCAGAGCCAAUCCGCUCAUCUUUGUCUCGUCAUCCGGCGCUUUCAACGUGCACUACGGUAGCGAUCCCCUUGUUGGGUUCCAUUUGGCUGAGGCGCUUGAUUCCCAUCAGACAACUGAGGCAACCUUGAGUUCUUUCGCACGUCUAGCGAAGUCCCAAUUUGGUGGAUGGUGUCACGAGUUUAUCUCUGGCGUCGCAUCGACAUCGGUCAACAUCAUGCAUCAUUGUGGAGAUGCUGUUAACUUCUCACAUGCUCUGCAAGCAAUCCAAGGCUCCGCCACCGUGCCUCCAUCCACAUACUUCUACACAAAGCCGUGGGGUUCAGUUCCUCUCGACCUACCCUCAUACCUGGUCACUCAAUACGAUGUGAUUGACACUUCGAACGUUAUGGAUCAUGUGGGCCUCUUGAACCUUCUAUCUGCCAUUGUGCCUCUCUUGUCCGAUAAAUCUGGGUCUGUCAUCUACACAGACAGUCUCGUGCAAAGCUCAGAGCAGCCAGAAAAGAUCUUAGAGACUCUGCUGCAUUCGGACGUCACAGUGUUGUCCCUAAUCCUCAGUGUCGCCCCUGUUGGACACCUUUUAAGAACUAUGACAGAUUCGACGCACACCGAGCAGCUGGCCACUAUGUGUGCUCGUUCUGACACAAGCCCUCAACACCAGCAUCGCAUGCGCAUCCCGUGGAAACGUGCUGCUCAAGCUGAUAGCACAGCGUCUGACAGGCACACAUCGUCACACCGCAUCAGAAUGGAUCCGGAAGAGCUCGCUUCCUUCUUCAUGCAUACUUACCUCGCCAUGUUUCGUGAAGCAGAGAACAUAAAAACCGUAAGGCAAGUCACAAGGCGAAAACUGACUUGUCCUCUGACUGGUGAUAUCGGGUUUUACUCUCGCCUUUCGCUCGUCACUCUCAUCGCCUCAGCGAAACGCAACGUAUCCACGGACUGGAACAAAUGCGUGGAUGCUCUCGUUCAGAUGAUCGAGAACGACCGUUCUCUCAUUAUUGGUUCGAACAGUUUGCAAGAACUCUACAUGCAUCUCCAUCUAUACGGACUCUAUCACUCGCCCAUGCUUGAAGGUAAUCCAAGAGAUCGCAGAACGUACUAUGGUGAACCUCGUGAUGCGGGCGAGCCUGGAGUUCUUGGACAACAGUCACUGUCUGGAAUUGUUCAUAUUGCCCUGAUUGUUCCCAGAAGCAACUUUGCUGUUUUCACAGCUCGUCAGUUGGGCACUCCAGGAGUGCAUCUCAGUGUUCGUGGCCACGGUUUCGACAACUGUUUCCAUGCUAUCGACGUCUUCUUUGGUCGAUUCGAGUCAGACGCUGUCGAUUCAUCGAAAGUUGUACAAGAUGCUUCUGGAUGGUCAGGUACUUCCGACAUGAUCGUUACCUGCAGAAUCCCUACUCGAGGAUUACUACUCGGACGUCGGCAGGAUCUUCAUGUUGAGCUUAACAUCAACACUUCGGUAGUCGAUCGCGGCUACAUUCCGCUUCUGGGGGUCCGCAUGACAAUUUUCGGCGCUACCCUCGACAGCAAGAACGUCAGAAUCCUGACGCAAGCACCCUGUACAAAGCCUGAGUCUGUCUCACAUACUGAGCCAGCGAGAUUCACUGAGUCGACAGACACAAUUUCUGCCACGGUAGCUCUCAAGCGCGAUAGUACUGUACAGUCUAUUGCAGUUACGAACAACUUCGCACCUGACUCUGAUCAGGAUCAUGCUUUGAAGAGUGGUGGCGUGGUAGAGAGUUUGCAGAUCUCGCCGAGCGUUCUCGCUGUCUCGAUCGGUGGACAGAAGGACAUAAGCGAGUUCGUCUUCCCUUAUCCCGUCGAUGGUUCUGCUUGCAAGAUUAAGGUCGCCCGUAAGUCUUCCUGGAUCGAGAUCAAGGCUCCUGCAUCUAAUGCCCUCGAACCUGGUGGCUUCAGUCUCAACCCAUUCCCUAUCGUCGGCCAAGAUACCAGCUCUCUAGCUUGGGGUAUGGGACGUGUCGACCCUGAGCUCCAGCCUCCAGUAAAGAUCUCUGCGUCGACUCCUGAAGCUUUGAGGGCGUUGCGUUGGACGGCGCUGAGCAAAGGUGAGCUAGACCAGAUUAAAGCAAAUCCAGGUCGUGUGUCCAGACCGCGUAUGCUCCAGCUCAAAGAGAUGAUUGGUCAGAUGUUCGCUGGCUGUGCUGGAUGUAAUGCAGACGCUCCUAACGAAAGAAUAAACAUGUUCGUGUGGAGACACGACGGAGUGUCCAAGUUCCAGAUCAUCCCUAAUGCUCUUCGCCAUGAUCGGGACACAGGUUCAAUCUUCUUGGACGGCUUCUUCGUACCUGUAACAGCAGAGUCUAUCAGGCGUAUAGUCACUAGCAGCAUGACUCCAAAUUGCCUCGUCAUCGAUGCUAGCACAGAAGAUAUCGAGCUUUGGCAGCGUCUUAUACCCGCCAUCGCCGAACGUUGCCGCUCAUGGGAGCAUUCUUCGGAAUGCAACUACAAGACCAAGCCCGACACGGCCUUUCUUUGCGACUGUGGAGUCGGACAGAACGCAGCAAGCAUGCCUAGCGCUUUCAAAUCUGUCGCUGGUCUUGCCACUCGCAUUGCUCUUCCCUUCAUCUCCGCCGUCCCAUACGUUGAGGCCAUGACCGACGCAAAGAUGAUCUCAGAAAUUGAUGCUGUUAUGGCCGCUGUUGAUCUAGAGCGGAAGACCAAGACACCUAGCGGUGACGCCUGUGACAACUGUGGCAGCGACAAGCCCGGUCUCAAGGCUUGCUCUCGCUGUGAGAAAGUCAAGUACUGCAACCAUGCUUGUCAAAGGGCUGCAUGGAAGAAGCACAAGAAGGUUUGCAAGCGCUGA